AUGAAUGAGCCACUCGGUAGUCAAGUCGAUUCUCACACAUAUUUUAAAGUUUUCGAGCACCAUUUCCGGACACUAAGGCAAGAAGGUGCCGUCUUGGUUGACAAUCUUGAAAUAUCAGACAUUGACAGUGUUGUAGAUUGGGACAAAAGCGGGGAAGGUGUUGCACUGCUAUCCGAGUUUAAGUCGGAUCUAAAUAGGUACCUGAAAGAGUUGGUCGUCUCUCCUGUUCGAUCCCUGGCAGAUAUCAUAAAAUUCAAUAAAAGAUUUGCCAAAAAGGAGAAGAUUAAGGAGUAUAGACAAGAAAUUUUUCUUGCAGCUGAAGCAACGGAUGGAAUCAGGGAAAUAGAGAAGGCAGCAUUGAGGAACAUGACAAGACUGUCGAAAAAUGGAUUUGAGAAGUUGAUGAAGGAGAAGAAGCUGGAUGCCAUGGUUAGUCCUUGUCCGGACUUUUUGAGUAGUGUUCUUGCCAUUGGAGGGUUUCCAGGAAUUAGUGUUCCUGCUGGAUAUGACAGUGAAGGAGUGCCUUUCGGAAUUUGCUUUGGGGGUUUGAAAGGCACAGAGCCAAAGCUGAUAGAGAUUGCUUAUGGUUUUGAACAAGCUACUAAAAUAAGGAAGCCUCCUACAAUUUUAAACAACUAAGAAUUGAUGAUUCAAGAUUUUGUUUUUUUCUUGAGGGCCUUUUAAUAAGUUUUCCUCAGUACAUUUUUGUUAAAAAUAUCCAGGAAAUAUUAAUUGGACCAUGCUCUAUGGAA